CUUUUUCAACCAUUGAGUCAAUAUCCAUAGUGUGGGAAUCCAUGCAAAAACAAGCCAAAAAUAGAAGGAGACAAGAAAAAGGAAAUAGAGACAGCAAGCGACAAAGGAGACUGUGAUAAAUUACUAAGAAAACACUGAUGCAGAAAGGAAAUCUUCGUAUGGAAAAGGCAGGAAAAAGAAAAAGGAGAGAAAGAAAGAAAAAGCGAAAAGCUCUCAACUUGGAGGCGACCAAUAGCAUGAGCUAACUGUAGUCUGUAGUCCUUGAUAGAAACGUUUUCUACCGACAAAAGAAACGGACGGCUAAAGAGAUUCAGAGUUCCACUGCUAAAUUAAUCGUCACCGCUACCGACAAUGUUCACCGAUUCUACUUGUUCUACACUCGCUUCGAGAGCCGUCUAGACGCUAUACCCUACUAAUUUCACCUCUACCACUUUCCCAUCACAUGAUAUCAACCAAAGAUCCAUGGCCAAUCCACCUGUAUAUCCGCCGUUUCUGAUCGAUUCUUUCGCCCUUACAGGUAAAUAGUUCCGAUCUAGCCCUCGUGACCAUGGAGACUUGCAGGAAAGCUAAGCUCGCCAUCGGUGCCUUCCGAAGCUUAGCUUCGAAGGUUAUUUCCAGGCGUUCAGUUCAAGAGUCAACUUCGAGAAUUCGCCCAAAUGGUUCUUCACUCUCUUCACCUACUCCCUCGAAGUUUUCUGGGUUUUAUCCAAAUUCUUCCGUAUCUCAGAGAUUAGGACUAGGUUUCCAAAUGGGUGCGAAGAGAUUACAUCUAAAUCCAUUUUUUGGUGAUGGUAAGAGAUUUUAUCAUGUAGACAGGCAUCAGGUUUACCAUUUUAAGCCAAGAGGCCCUCGACGAUGGUUUCAGAACCCGAGAAGCAUAUUAAUUAUAUUUUUGGUGGGUUCUGGUGUUUUCAUCACUGUGUAUUUUGGUAAUUUGGAGAGCGUACCUUAUACAAAACGAAAACAUUUUGUGAUUUUGUCUAAAUCCAUGGAGAGAAAGAUCGGUGAGAAUCAAUUUGAGCAAAUGAAGGCGGCAUUUAAAGGGAAAAUGCUGCCUGCAAUACACCCAGAUAGCGUGAGGGUCCGCUUAAUUGCAAAAGACAUAAUUGAGGCUUUACAAAGAGGGUUGAGACGGGAGCAAGUGUGGAGCGAUUUGGGGUACGCUUCGUCGGACAGCUAUAUAACACAUGAGGGAAGCGCACACGAGACGUUGAGAGCAUUGACUGAAACCGAGGGCAAAGUUGAGACGAGGUGGCAUAAAGAAGACGAGAUCCUUGAUGAUAAUUGGGUUGAACAGAGUAGAAAGAAAGAAAGAGGGGCGAGAGCACAAACUUCGCACUUGGAUGGAUUGAAUUGGGAGGUUUUGGUUGUUAAUGAACCUGUUGUUAAUGCUUUUUGUUUGCCUGGUGGCAAGAUUGUUGUGUUUACAGGGUUGCUUGAUCACUUUAAAACUGAUGCAGAGAUUGCAACCAUUAUUGGGCAUGAGGUUGGGCAUGCUGUGGCAAGACAUGCAGCAGAAGGGAUAACAAAGAAUUUGUGGUUUGCCAUCUUGCAACUUAUUCUUUAUCAGUUUGUUAUGCCUGAUGUUGUCAACACAAUGUCAACUCUAUUCCUGAGACUUCCUUUCUCCCGGAGGAUGGAAAUAGAGGCGGAUUACAUCGGUCUCUUGUUGAUGGCUUCUGCUGGAUAUGAUCCUCGAGUUGCACCCAGAGUGUACGAGAAAUUGGGGAAGGUCACUGGUGACUCAGCACUGAGAGAUUACCUUUCUACACAUCCAUCUGGAAGGAAGAGAUCUCAACUGCUGGCGCAAGCUCAGGUUAUGGAGGAAGCGCUCACUAUUUACAGGGAAAGCAUGUCUGGAAGAGGCAUUGAAGGCUUUUUUCUUUAGUGCACAUCACCAAACUCCCAAAUCAUUGUAACACGUGCAAAGCAGGAGCUGGUUGUCAAGUGCUGAAGUUGGAAAGCUAUUAUACUCUAAUAUGUUUUCCUCCUCUUGUUUUACUUGGCAACAUUAAUUCAACACUGUUAUCAGGUUGGGAUUUUUUUUUUCAGAUUUUUUUAAAAAAAAAAAAAUCGAGUCUUUUUUGUUUCAUUGUAGCUGUAAUUUCGUUAAAUUUUUUUUUAUAAAAAAAGUAUUAAACCUUUA